CUGAUCCACUGACAGUGAGAGAGGAAACUUUAGGCUGUCAAAAGAUCAGAAGAGCUCCAGAAAGCCCUUCACAUCACAUAUGAUCUCCGUUUAACCCGCUUACAAGUGCCUCAGCUGUGAAUGAAUCGCGCGUGCCUCUGCUUUUAAAACGAACAAAAUGUCAGGGAACCCGAAAUUUGUGAGUCCUUUCCACAGACCCCACUGUCUAUCCGCCGCUGCCCCCGCCGGCCAAACUAAACUCACACACCCUGGAAAAGCCAUUUUAGCAGGUGGACUUGCCGGUGGCAUUGAAAUCUGCAUCACGUUUCCUACAGAAUAUGUGAAAACUCAGCUACAGUUAGAUGAAAAGGCCAAUCCACCUCGAUACAGAGGAAUCGUUGAUUGUGUAAAGCAGACGGUACAGGGUCAUGGGGUGAAGGGUCUGUACAGGGGACUGAGCUCUCUCCUCUAUGGCUCCAUUCCCAAAGCUGCAGUGAGGUUUGGGAUGUUUGAGUUCCUUAGUAACAAAAUGAGGGAUGAAUCUGGGAAGUUGGACAGCACACGUGGUUUGAUCUGUGGGCUGGGUGCAGGUGUGGCUGAAGCUGUAGUUGUUGUGUGUCCUAUGGAGACUAUAAAGGUCAAAUUUAUCCACGAUCAAUGCUCAGCAAACCCAAAGUACAGAGGCUUUUUCCACGGUGUGAGAGAAAUAGUCCGAACACAAGGACUUAAAGGAACAUAUCAGGGUUUAACAGCUACUGUACUAAAGCAGGGCUCCAACCAGGCCAUUCGAUUUUAUGUCAUGACCUCGCUGAGAAACUGGUACAAAGGUGAUAACCCUAAUAAGAAUAUCAACCCUCUUAUAACCGGAGUGUUUGGAGCCGUUGCGGGAGCAGCGAGUGUGUUUGGAAAUACGCCAAUGGAUGUGAUCAAAACAAGAAUGCAGGGAUUAGAAGCUCACAAAUAUAAGAGCACCAUUGACUGUGCCGUCAAGAUCAUGAGACACGAGGGACCAGCCGCAUUCUACAAAGGCACGGUGCCCAGAUUAGGCCGUGUGUGUUUGGACGUGGCUAUAGUGUUUAUAAUCUAUGAAGAAGUGGUCAAAGUUCUCAACAAGGUUUGGAAGACCGAUUAAUGAUGUUGAUCAAACAUAGUGAUGGGCGAAGUCUGCCCCUCAUGACAUCAUGCUGGUGUGACGACCGGGAACAUUUACACAGGGGCCAAAAUAUUUGCCUACAGUGGACAACAACCAAUUGAGUCACUGGAAUGUGCUUAAUUUUCAGUUUAUUCAAGACCCCAGCUAAUGUGAGAAAUACAACUAAUACUUGAAAAUUAGAUUUAUGAUAAAUAGGAUUUUUUUCAGCUCAAGUACCAAUUUUAAUGAUAGAUUUAUUUAAUGAAUAGGGAUAACUAAAUUUUUGGGGAAGCAGAUGUAUUUUAUAAAGCAUUUUAGUGUUGCAGAAAUUUUCUUUUUACUUUUUAAUAAUAAUUUGUUUCUAAAGUGCAAUUUACUCAUUGCAAACAUUCCUGUUUCUUAUUUUCUUUACCUCUAAUGAGUGGGUAAAAUUAACCAUAAAA